AUGGCUGUUAGUGCAGCGAGUCAAGGGUUGAUGAAUUCAUCUCUUUAUGUCGGGGAUCUACACCCAAGAGUUUCUGAUUCGGCGUUGCAAGCAAAAUUUUCUGAAAUCGGUCCAGUCCUUAGUGCUCGUGUGUGCCGGGACCUAGCCACUCGUCAUUCUCUCGGGUAUGGAUAUGUUAAUUUCGAAGAUCCAAAGCAUGCUGAACAAGCGCUGGAAGUCCUAAAUUAUGAAUCACUAAUGGGAAGGCCUAUCAGAAUUAUGUGGUCACAGAGAGACCCAUCUUUAAGAAAAUCUGGAAAAGGAAAUAUAUUUAUCAAAAACCUGGAUAAAUCCAUCGAACAGAAGGAACUGUAUGACACUUUUAGCUUUUUCGGUCGGAUCUUAUCGUGCAAAAUUGUCAUGGAUGAAAAUGGACAGUCUAAAGGGUAUGGUUUCGUACAUUUCGAAAAAGAGGAAUGUGCCGAACGUGCCAUUGAGAAGAUUAACAAUAUGAUCAUUCGAGACCGUGUUGUUUAUGUUGGCAAAUUCAUUCCCAAGACAGAACGCAAGUCUCAAGCUCGAAAAGUCAAAUUCAACAACCUUUACAUCAAAAACUUCCCACCGGAAACAGAUAACGAGAAGCUAAAAGAAAUGUUUUCUGAGUUUGGAGAAAUCAAAAGUGCUUGCGUCAUGAAAGAUAGCGAAGGAAAAUCAAAGGGGUUCGGUUUUGUGUGUUUUUUAGACCCCGACCACGCCGAAAAUGCGGUCAAAACUAUGCAUGGUAAAGAGGUAGAGGGAAGAGCUCUGUACUGUGCUCGAGCUCAACGCAAAGAAGAACGACAAGAGGAGCUAAAACAGAGACUUGAAAAACAGCGGGCCGAACGUCAGUCCAGCUACAUGUUGAACGUCAAUUUGUAUGUCAAGAACUUGGAUGAUAAUAUUGAUGAUAAACGACUAGAGGAGGCUUUUAGUGUUCAUGGUUCUAUCACUAGUGCCAAGGUCAUGAAGGAUGCGAAUAAUCGGUCUAAGGGUUUUGGAUUCGUUUGCUUUGCGAACCCUGAACAAGCGGCCAGAGCAGUAACUGAUAUGAACGGGACAAUCAUAGGUUCAAAACCCCUAUAUGUCGCACUAGCUCAGAGAAAAGAAGAUCGUCGGGCAAAGUUAAUUGAAGAACAUCAACAGCGAUUGGCUCAGUACCGGAAUCCGGUCGCCUCAAUGAUCCCAGCAGUUCCUGGCCACGCAGCACCGCAUAGCUACUUUCCCCCUGCAUUUCAGCAGGCUCAACGGUUUUAUCACCCUUCGGGUGCUGUCCUUAGUUCACAGCCUCGUUGGAAUCGAGCGGCCGGAAUACCUGCACAAAUCGGUGGCCUUCCAAACAGACCACCCGUUGCUGGUUAUUAUGCUGGUGCGCCCAAUCCAGCUGCUAUUACAGCUAACCAAAUGGCUUCUUUCGCUCAAUUCCGCACACCAGGUGUUAACAGACCCAUGGUACCCAACGGCAUGUCAUCUAUCCCCUCAACUCACUUACAAACUGCAGCUGUUUUUAACCAGACUGCCAAUCAACAGAGACAACAAGCAUCUGGGAGACAGGGUGUGGUCGUUCCUCAAGUUCUCGGGGCUACGGCUGGUGGUUUGGGUCAACGUCCAACUGCAGCCUCAGUGGUUGCGGGUCCACCAUCUGCUAAUCCUGCCAUGCGACAACAGGUAGCCUCUCAAGUUCCAAGAGCCGUAAUGCAUUCUGGUAUGUCGAACAUAACAAGUACUGCAACAAAUGUUAGGUUCCAUCAAACAGCUCGCAAUGUCUCAGCUCAACCUACACUUGUCCCAGCUGGAAGUAUGUCUACACUCUUACAACCCCUUGGCGAUCAGGGGCAACUAACAAUAAGCGCAUUGGCUCAACUGUCAGAAGAGGAUCAGAAAAGGACGCUCGGGGAACAUCUUUAUCCGCGUAUCAAGGCAAUGUAUCCCAACUUAGCCAACAAGCUUACGGGAAUGCUUUUAGGAGUGGAUAACGCAGAGGUUAUAAAUCUUUUAGAAUCUGAAGACUUGCUACGCGCCAAGUGUGAAGAAGGCAUCAAUGUACUGAGAAGCAGCCAAAAUCAACAAGGUGACAUUGCAGAAGGUAGACAUACUUCUACAGGCCAGAAUGGUGAUGGCUCAACUGGAGCAGGGUCUAUGAAACCUGAAGAUUCCAAUAACUAA